AUGGAUGUGGAUACAUUGUUUGCUUCAAUUAAUGAGAUCAAUGUUUCAGAUCAUACUGCAAAAUGUGGUGUUUGCCUUAAGACUCCACCCAAUAUUGCAUCAGAUGGCCUAUGGGGAAAACAUAGCACAGAAGGAUCUCCUUUAAAGUCAUCUAUGCCAAUAUUUCUACUCCAAGUGGUUUUGAUUUACACUGUAACACGAACUUUGAAUUACCCUUUAAAAAAGCUGGGUUUUCCUGCCAUUUUUUCACAAUUGAUGGCUGGGCUCAUUUUAGGACCAUCCUUGAGUAUGUUGGAGAAAGAGAAGACAAUGUUGUUUCCUUAUGGAAGUCAAGACACACUUGCUACAAUAGCAUCACUUGGUUAUAUGUUAUUUGUCUUUGAGAAUGGUGUGAAAAUGGAUUUCAGCAUGAUCACCAGAACAGGAAGACAAGGAUGGAUCAUUGCCAUUGUGGGGUUGCUAUUUCCUCUAGUAAUUGGUUAUUCAUCUGUAGAACGCAUUUCUAAACUUACAUCCCAGGGUACAAUAGUGCAUUCCACCGUUGUUAUAUUGAUGACACAGAACAUGACUUCAUUUACAGUGAUUGCCUCCGUCCUCAAUGACCUUCAAAUCCUAAACUCUGAACUUGGAAGAUUGGCGUUAUCUUCUGCACUGGUGGGUGACACGCUGAGUAAUAUUCUUGUAAUUGCAUCUGCAGCCUUUGAUACCAGGAAAGUGAAUGCAAAUAGUAUAGAUUUGGUGUUGCUUUUCGCUAUAAUAAUUAUCAUUUUCUUUGUCUAUCGGCCUGCAAUGUUCUUGGUGAUUGAACACACACCAGAAAGCCAAGAAGUGAAGGAUAUUUACAUCAACGUUAUCAUUGGGGUUCUUUUUGUUUUGGGUUGGUGUUCAAUGCUAUUCAAUAUAGAAUUCAUUCUUCUACCUUUCCUUUAUGGAUUGGCUACACCAGAUGGACCUCCAUUAGGAUCUUCAUUAGUUAAAAGGGUUCAUACUUUUGGUUUAGAAUUUCUCAUGCCAAUCUUCGUCACUACAUGUGCAAUGAAGAUGAAUUAUUCCUUGGUAGAAUUCACAUCACCUAUAUUUAUAGGCACUGUCCUUAUGAUCGUUAUCGGUCAUCUAAUGAAGCUUAUAUCUUACCUAGCAUCUGCACUCUUUUUCAAGCUAUCACUAAAGGAUGCACUUUCUCUUGCCCUCCUUCUAGAUUGCAAAGGCGUUGUGGAAGUAGCCAUGUAUAGCUCUGCAUUGGACAAAAGGGACAUCCAACCUAUACGUUAUACUGUGGCUCUAACAAUGAUCAUGAUCUCAAAUAGCGUUGUGCAAUUGCUGGUGAAACGUUUGUAUGACCCUUCAAGAAAAUAUUUUGGCUACCAGAAAAGGAACAUGUCUGAUUUGAAAUUUGACUCUAAUCUCCGGAUCCUUGUUUGUAUUCAUAAACAUCAUCACACAGUACCUAUAAUACCAGCUCUUGAUCUAUUUAAUCCUACACCAAUGUAUCCAACAACUGUGGAUGUUCUUCAUCUGAUUGAACUAGUAGGGCGUUCUAGUCCUAUUUUCAUUUCUCACAAGAUGAAAAGAGGUGUUCCUUCUUUUGCAAGAAACUCCUACUCGGAGAAUGUCAUCCUUUCCUUCAAACUCUAUGAAGAUGAAAAGCUAGGUGCAACAACAAUGUACCCUUAUACAGCCAUAUCUCCACCUACACUGAUGCAUGAAGAUGUGUGCUACCUUGCAUUGGAUAAAGUAGCAUCAAUCAUCAUUCUUCCUUUUCAUAGAAGAUGGUCUUUUGAUGGAAAAAUUGAACACGAGGACAAGACUGUGAGGUUACUGAAUUGUAAGGUGAUGGAUAAGGCUCCAUGCUCGGUUGGAAUAUUAGUGACUCGUUUUGUUCGUAAAAGUGGUUCACCACUUCGAUUAGCCAUGAUCUUUUUCGGUGGUGAUGAUGAUAGAGAGGCUUUGUGCUUGGCCAAUAGAGCAGCCAAAGACACUGCUAAUGUUAAUCUUGUGGUGUAUCACAUUACAACAAGCGAAAACAAGGAUGAAAAACAUAACGAGGACAUUAUGCUUGAUCGUACAAUAUUAAAAAAUGCUAAAAGAGAAUGUUCUCGUAUGAAAAAUGUUGUGUAUGAGGAAAUAACAGUGGAGGGUGGUGCCCAAGUAGCUUCUGUUCUUCACCGUAUGGCAGAAGAUCAUGACUUUUUUAUAGUUGGGAGACGCCAUGGUAUUGAUUGUCCUCAAACAAAAAGUCUUCAAGAAUGGAGUGAGUUUCCAGAGUUAGGUGUCAUAGGUGAUUUUCUUGCUUCUCCAGAUCUUGAUUGCAAAUCAUCUGUUUUGGUAGUGCAACAACAAAAAUUUUACCAUUAA